AUUAAGCAAUUAGCUUCUGUUGCUUGCAGAUUCUGGCGCCAACGUCUUUAAACGUGACUAUCACAAAGUAGGAAUAGCUGAAAUAAAACCAAAAGUUUUACUUAUAGUUUUUGUGUCAAUGGUGGAUAUAGGAACAAAAUAUUUGUUUUUUGCAACUAUGAUCAUUAUGGAAUUCGCAAGAAUAGAUUCUCUCUUGUGUAAUUUCUUCGUGAUAUUACAACUGGUAAUAUUUCACUCCGGAUAAGAAUAGUUAGGUUACUGCCUUCGAUUAUCGUGGAAGUAUAUGUCGAAAUCGUUGACGUUUGCCAUAUAUAUCUAUCCGUGUGACAAAUUCUGUUAGAUUGAAAGGAAACAUAGUAUGACAGUAACAAAAACGAAUAGCACGCCGACAAGUGCACAUACAGUCAAUAACGCAACCGAAAAUAAAAAAAAGAAGAACAAAACUAGAAAAAUAGAAGAACUGCUAAACAAUGAAGAUGAUAUUACUUGGGAAGAUCGGGCACCAGACGGCGGCUGGGGAUGGAUAAUUGCAUUGGCGAUGAUAUUUACUUAUAUUACCACGAUUGGCCCAUCACCGUCAUUUGGGAUAUACUUUGGCGAUUUCAUUCAAGCUUCUGGACAGGCUGGCUUGGCAUCAGGUCUCUUCAAUUCCUCCUUCAUGAUCAGCUUCUCUAUUGCAAGCUUGCUGACCAACACUUUGUUGAAAAGAUAUUCUACAAGACCGGUCGGAAUUGCAGGAGCGCUCUUAUUCGCAAUAACAGACAUAAUGCUGGCGUUUGUCAGAAACAUAUUUGACAUGGCAUUUCUUUUUUUAAUACAAGGUUUUGGAUUGGGUCUAAUCAUAACAGUCUGCAAUACGGUUUUCAAUGCGUACUUCGUGAAAAAAAGAACGAAAGUGAUGAGUGCGGCGCAAGUCAUCAUCGCGUUGGGUGGAAUCGUUUAUCCAACAUUAAUUGAAAAGUCGAUGAUACUGUAUGGUUUUCGCGGUACCUCAGCGAUUAUCGGCGCAAUAAGUCUCAAUGGUAUCGUCGGCAUGGCACUGAUGCAUCCCGUAGAAUGGCACCUCAGGAACAUUGAUGUCGUUCGUGCUGAGAAGGCGCGUGAAAAGGAACAAAAGUGUCAAGAACUGGCAUUGUCCAGUCAACGUUAUUUGACCAUCGACGUCAUUCCUACAUCCUCGAAGACUAAAUGGAGCAGUCUUCAAAGUCUUAAGGAAGAAAGCGAUAUACAAGUGCCCUUAUUAAACGACACGUUUAAGCCUUCUGCGCAGAGAGUCGCUUCAAUCUCGGAACUCGAGAGUGAAAUUCGGGAAAGGUCGAAAUCAGUAUCUAUGCGAGAAAAUUUAACUAGGCGGAUGUCAGCUUUAUCCGCAUCCAGCGUAGUCAAUUUGGCGACUAGCGUCGGUGCAUUGGGUGAUAUACGUCAACAAUAUCUGGAAAAGCGAAACUCGAAGGACCAGACAAAUAAAGAAAUUCUGAAAGAGAGAGAGAAUGAGAAGGAAAACGCCGAGGAAAAACAAGAGGAGUCAAAGUACAAGAAAUUUGUGAAGGAGCUUCUGGACAUGUCGCUGGUAAAAGAUUGGGCUUUCAUGAAUUUAUGUAUUGGCGUUUCUUUGGUGCUCACCGCCGACUAUGCCUUCUCCUCUUUUCUGCCUUUAAUCAUGACCGAUGUGGGAUACACAAAACGCGAAAGUGCGUUAACUAUUACGAUUAGUGGAAUUGCUGAGCUGGUGUCGAGAGUUUUUCUAGCAGCUUUCACAAUGAUAGUGGAUGUAAAGGCAAAAUAUCUGUUCUUCGCGGCUAUGAUUUUGAUGGAAUUCGCAAGAAUAGGUUUUUUAUUAUGCGAACAUACGCUUAUGGGCGCGUUAAUUAUGACAGCGUUAAUCGGUUUCGCUCGUUCGUGGCUGUUGGUUCCACAGAAUAUAGUCAUUAUCGAAGAUGUUAGCAUAGAACAGUUUGCCUCGGCUUACGGUAUCUUUGGCAUUAUUAGUGGUUUAGUUACUAUAGUCUGCGGUGCUAUCGUAGGAUUUGUUAAGGAUUGGACUGAUAGCUACGAUAUGUAUCAAAUCUCUCUACUAGUAUUACAUGGUGCAUUUAUUAUACCUUGGGCUCUACAGUUUAUCUUCGUGGAUCUUAGAAAACAUCGAAAGCAACGCGCACAGAAAGUCAUUAUAAAAUCUAUAUCCAGGAAAGAAUAAAGGAUAUGUGACAGGUGUUAUUACAAAUUUUUGAUCCAACUCAACGAAUGCGUGAGUGAAAAGAAAAAAGCAAUUAUCAAUUAAAUUACGUUAUCGUGCUUGUUUCUUCUAUAAUACUGUUAGUUUUAUUAUUUAGCCCUGUUAAUUUUCAUCUUUAAUGAUGUAUAUCAGUGUAGAUUUUUUCUUAUA